AAUGAGAUUGAAGAAGAGUUCUUCUUGUUUUGUAGCUUCAGUUUCUCUGUUUUUACACAAAUUUCAUUAAAACUAAAUAUAAAAUACAGCACCAAAAUACCGUUCUGCAGGAAGGAGUGAGCUGGACUGUUUCUAUGGUGUUAUUCCAUCGUGGAUCGGCUUCUUAUAGAUAUAUAUUUAAUUAAUCUAGAGGAGGACUGCUGCUGAGGCGGCACAGAGGGGUGGAGUCCAGUCCCACGGCCAGGUGCAGCACUUUAAUGCUUCAGUUGGAUGGUUUUCCCACUGGAGACGGUGUUAAGGCUGAUCGAUCGGCUGGCAGACUGACUGGAUCCAUGAUGGAAUUACAGACGUUACAGGAGGCUCUGAAGGUGGAGAUCCAGAUCCAUCAGAAACUGGUCGCCCAGAUGAAGCAGGACCCUCAGAAUGCAGAUCUAAAGAAGCAGCUGCAUGAACUUCAAGCAAAGAUCACAGCGCUCAGCGAGAAGCAGAAAAAGGUGGUGGAGCAGCUGAGGAAGGAGCUGUUGGUGAAACAGGAGCCGGAGGCUAAACUGCAGCUGCAGGUCCAGACUCCUCCAGUAGGGGGCGACACCAAGCCAACCAGCCUGCUGCAGAGCCAGCAGAUACCUGGAGGACUGCAGCAGCAGACCCUGACUGUCACACCGGUCCUCACCACUAAGACUCUACCUCUGGUGCUGAAAGCUGCCGCCACGCCCGCCCUGCCCGGCUCAGUCCUGCCACAACGCCCACCAACUGUUGCUAUGGUAACCACAGCUAUCACCAAACCCGACUCACAGAACGCCCCCAUCAACCUCCAGGUGGCCAGCAAGCUGACCAAUCAGAGCACGGAGUCUAUGCGGCUGGUGUCCAAGAACGCCAUGGUGGUGCAGGCCACCACCACCACCACCACCACCGCCCAGCCAAUCAAAGUUCCUCAGUUUGUCCCUCCUCCUAGACUGACGCCUCGACCCACCUUUCAGCCACAGGUCAGGCCCAAACCGGCCACGCCCACCAACAUCCCUAUCGCCCCAGCCCCGCCUCCUCCCAUGAUGGCGGCCCCCCAGCUGCUUCAGAGGCCGGUGAUGUUGGCCACCAAGCUGUCGUCCUCGUUGCCCUCAGCUGCUCCCAUUCACCAGGUUCGCAUUGUUAACGGCCAACCCUGCAGCAAGACCAGCACCACAGCCCUAACGGGCAUCGUCAUCACCACGCCCGUCUCUGCUGCUGCCACCCGCCUCGCCAGCCCAGCUCAUGUGCCCAACCCAGCCCCCAGCCCCGCCCCCGUUCCUGCACAGCCAAUCCAGAUCAGCAGCUUGAGCUUGGACCCCAAGCAGACUGUUAAGGGAGGUGGGGGAGCUGAACAGAAGGCCGUAGUCAGCCUCCCAUCCUCCUCCACUCCUCCUGUGUCUCCGCCUCCCAGACCCAAGAAAGAGGAGAACCCACAGAAACUGGCCUUCAUGGUGUCUUUGGGACUUGUAACACAUGAUCAUUUGGAGGAAAUUCAGAGCAAGAGGCAGGAGCGAAAGCGGAGAACAACCGCUAACCCAGUAUACAGCGGCGCUGUUUUUGAACCUGAGAGGAAAAAGAGUGCAGUGAGUUACCUGAACAGCCCUCUCCACCAGGGGACCAGGAAGAGAGGUCGCCCACCCAAAUACAGCAGCGUCCCGGAGCUGGGCAGCCUCACCCCGACCUCCCCCUCCAGCCCCGUCCAUCCCCUCCCCCUGCCCAGCCCCAGCUCUGGGGAUAUGAUUGGUGGGGCCCAGAUGGGCAGGGAAACUGAUUGGUCCAAUUCUUCCUCACAGGGAGACAUCCAUGAGGAUUUCUGCACUGUGUGCAGACGCAGUGGCCAGUUGCUCAUGUGCGACACGUGUUCGCGUGUUUAUCAUCUGGACUGCCUGGAUCCACCCCUGAAAACCAUUCCUAAAGGCAUGUGGAUCUGUCCAAAAUGUCAAGAUCAGAUCCUGAAAAAAGAAGAAGCCAUUCCAUGGCCUGGUACCCUGGCUAUUGUUCACUCCUACAUUGCUUACAAAGAAGCUAAAGAAGAGGAGAAACAGAAGCUGAUGAAAUGGAGCUCUGAACUGAAACUGGAACGGGAGCAGCUGGAACAGAGAGUCAAACAGCUCAGCAACUCCAUAACAAAAUGCAUGGAGACCAAAAACACCAUCCUGGCUCGUCGCAAUGAGAUGCAGCUCUCUCUGGAGAAAGUGAAACACCUGAUUCGCCUCAUCCAAGCCUUCAACUUCAACCAAGCUCUGGUAGGGACAGAGGGGACAGACGUCAGUUCCAGAGUCCAGGACAGUGGUGAAGGUGUAGUCAGCUCUGAACCAGCACCACAAGCUAACUCUGCAGAGAAAGUAAAGGCUGGGAGCUCCUCAAGCAGUGGCAAUGCUGAUGGAACCCGGAAACAGGAAGAGCAUGGAGCUGCCGGGAGCAACCAGACGGCAGCAGCACCAGGAGGAAACACCAGUGGCCAGGCUGUUGUAGAAGACAGCGUGGUCCUAACAGCAGCUACCAGCCCUGCUGGGGCUGGGUCUGGGGCAGGGGGAGGGGCAGUGGCUGCUGGUAAGUCAGGGCCUGGGGUUAAGACAGGGGCUGGUCUCCAGGCUGAGGAAGGGGCAAAGGCAGAGACUGAGGCAACUGCGGUGAUUGAUGUUGCCAGUUCCUCAGUGGUUGCGACUGUUGCCACCACCAAUGGCACCGCUGAGCCGGCCUGCCCCGACCGUAGUCCAGCAGGAAGCUGCACCCCCAGCGUUACCACCAACUCUGAGAACAAGAUGGCUGCCGUUAACAGUCCAGAGACACCGGUGGAGAAGAAGCAGGAAGAGGUCACUGACAGUGACGGCAGCAACACCAACAACAGCAAAACCUCAGAACCUUCCCAGCAUUCUUUGCCAGCUCUUGUCAGCAAUUUGGACAAUAAAAAGUAAUGCUAUGUCUCUUGAGUUGCGGGAAUUCAAACAUAUAUAUUAAAAAAAGACUUUUGCUUGCACCUUACGGUGCCCUGAAGUUGCCAAUCUGUAUAAAUGUUGUUUGUUUGCAUUGUAUUGUCAGACUGUGUCAAUGGUAGAUAUACAGCCCAAGUCACAUGGCCCUGGGAAGAUGUAGGCUAUUCCACCCACAGAGCUGGGGUAAAGGGAGGCUUAUGCACCAGUGUCAUCAUGCCAAUUAGUGAUAGAAGGCAGUGGUGGGAAUGUUCAAAGGGAGAUUUAUUUCAUCAUCAACACCAGUGUGCGUCUGUUAAAAGUGGCCCCCAUAUUCUCUGAUGGGAUUGGGGAGACGGGUUCAGCUGAGAAUAAGGAACCAAACAUCUGUCAGGAGACUCUGGUCUAAACAGCAAUGUCGCUGUGGAGUUAAUCCUGACUGAACCGAGAACCUGUUGCUCCUCCCAUCUCUUCUCAAGCAACCUAAUGUGACAAUACCCUUAACCUGCCCUAUCACCCAAUGUCAAUAACUUCCUCUCUCAACCAACAGCCCUAAGGUAGCGUUCACAUGUGACAUUUGGCAACCACCAAAUUCACAGACACGUUGCCGCUGAAACAGAUUUCACUGACUGAUGAAGCCCGUUAGUGGACGACGUUUGGCUGCAGUCCGUCAAAAGUUAAAAUAACUUUAAACUGUUCUGACAGACUAGGUUUCGUUGUUGUCGCACACUGUGCUCCGUUAACCCAUGUCAACAGUCAGUACAUGUGUCAUUGAAGUAUGGAUUAUAGUGUGACCUAUCAAAUGCUCAAGUGAACGCCGCCUAAUCCACCCUAUCACUUUCCACCCUGAAUCCCUGAGCUCAGGCAGAAGAGACGCUGAGCACAAUGUUCAGCAUGGACCAGGUACUGAGGACGAGGUCGAACAGGUGUUGUAGCCUUACAGAUGUUUUCAGUGGUGUCGGUCAAGUGUAGUGAUUGAGUUUCAUUUGUGAGUCAAGUGUGUCAACUGUGAGCACUAAAUGUGAAAUUGCAAUAUUGCAAUGUCAACACACAAAAACUAUCUAUAUCUGGGCUGUGUUUCUUUUUUAUAGGAAAAGAUAUUCAGGUCUUCCUAGUCUUCAGAAUAAGUGCUUUCUGUUCCUGAACCUGUUGGACUGGCAUUAUUAACUCAAAGGAAUCCUCUUUUUGAAGUGGUGAUCUUUGCAUUAUGUACAUUUCUGUUGAAUUCUGAACUGCCAAAAUGCUAUUGUAUCCAAAUUCAGCAGGGACAAGUCCACUUAACUGUAUUGAAAGAUCAAGUCAUUGGCAAUCGUGAAAUAUAGAUACUACCAUUUCAGAAAUUGGAACUCCCCAGAUAGAGGCAGGAGAGCUUAUUAAACAAUAACAUUUAAAGGAACUUUUUUCCUUGAAAUAGGAGGAUUUGUUGUAUGAACCUUUUCCUUCAGAUGGAUCUCAAAGGAAAAUACCACAAAUCCUGAGAUUAAAGCACAAGCUUGCUGCAUUACAAAGAAGUGCUGAGGAGCUUUUUGUAUGUUAAUAUGGAACUAAACAGAGUAUGCAUCUCUUUGUUGUGAUGUGACUUAUCCCCACAUUGCCAAUAUUUUUCUAGGAGGAAAUCUAAACCUGACUCUGACGUUAAGGCUCAAGUCUAGUUCACAUUUUCAGAAGGAAUGCCUGGGCUUCUGUCUUCAUCCCCUCACAAGUAGAUGAGUCCAUCUCUUUUUUUUUUUUUUUUCUGGAGCAUGUCUGGGCCGAAAUGUGAUGCUGUAUUAGUUGGCUUGGUAGCUGUCAGUUCAAGUCUCUCAGCUGAAUUGAUCAUAACUUCUGGCUACUCUUUUGGUUUGGGGCGUUAACAAACUAUGAUCUGUUAAUUAACAGUGCCUCGGGUUGUGCUGGGCUCUGGAAUAAUCUUUUACUUUUUGUACUUUUUACUUAAUUUUAGCAUACAGUCAUUCAAAAAGCUACUCACCCCUGAAUACACUCCGAAAUUGUCACAGUGUUCAAGUGCAACACUAUUUUUUUUUUUAUUUUUGACUUUUUACAUUUUUUUUUUCUAAGUGAAAUGGGAAUUCUAGAUAUUAAUGGGGCAGUGUAAAAUUGUGGGAAUGGAAACAUCAAGUGAUGCAACUUUAGAGAAAUGAGCGGGGGGAAUACUUCAACAAACCGGACUUGUUGGUUUGAUUUUUAUUUGUACUUAAAUUUCCUAUCAAGGCCAGACAAAGCUACAUUGUGUCGAUUUACAGUAAUUUUUUAACAGUGCAACAAAUGUGCAGACAUUUUGAGGGGGUGAAUAUAUUGUUGAGUGACUAAAAGAAGCAGUCGUUGUCUCCUUCCAUAUCAUGUCGACUUUGUGACUAAAUGAACAUAUCGUACACAACAUUUAAUGUUCUGACAUCAAAUGUACAAACUGCCUUCAGUCAGAAGCAGGGGAUCCCAGAAAAAUCAAUUACAGGAAAUGAACACUGUCACAUUUCCUUUUUUUGGCCAUUGUAUGUUCUGUUGACUGAUAAACGUUAUCUGUUAUGUCUGUAAUUAAGAAUUUAGCCAGUUGAACAUGGAACGGAAAUCUGUCUGGCCAAGAGAUGCAAUUCUGAUAGAAAUGGCAACUAAUUUUUUUUUUUUCUCUCACAAAUCCUUUUGAAUUCCAUUGUUGUGUAUUUUGUUGUAGAAUUUUCUUGGCUUGCUCGGGUGGAUGUUGACUUCUUAAUGAAACACAACCUUAUUUCCUUUCAAAAUGUUUAGCCUGUGUUCACACAGAUAGAGCAGAGUAGUCAUCCGGUCUCUUCACUCUACAAAUUUCUUUGAAAGAGCCUGAACUUGUGUUCUAGACAAAACUGGACCUUUCCCUCUGUACAGUAGGUACCUUGAGUGCCUUUCUUCAAACAGCAGAUAAUAUUUGUCUCUUGACUUGCACUGUGACUUGUAGAAACCUCCAGAUAAUUAUCCAACCCACUGUUUUCUGGUUUGUCCUACCGAGCUCUCCAAACUCCCACUAACCUGAUGGAGCACAACUCCAAACCCAGUCCCUUCACCUCAGGCUUCCAGUAGUCAAUGCAAGUUGAAACUGCAUCUCACAUUAUGCUGUUUAGAUUGACCAGAUAGUGUUUUGUUGUUGUUUUAUAUAGGAGUUGCCUUAAAUGUUGUUUUUGUUUUUUUGUUUUUCUUUUUAAAGUGAUGAACGUCAGUUUUCUACAUUUGAAAAUCCCUGCAGACAUUGGCUAACGUCAGAGGUUGGUUUGUGAAAAUGUGCCACCCAGUGGUUGUCAUGGUCACUAAAACUGCUCCAUUGAGGGACUAUUGAUGACAUCUUGAUUGAGAUAUUAAUCAGGUUUGGACAGCCAUUUGUUUUGUGAUGCACUUUUGGUUUGACCAGUAUUAUUGUCCGAGUGUAACAUGUGGUCCAUCAGCAACAUGAAUCACAAUUCUGGAUCAGACUCGGGACUGAGUUUCAAGAGGCUUUUUGUUGUUGUUGUUGUUGUUUUUAAACUGAAGUUCAGUCCACACACAGGGUGCCGCUAGUUGGAGUCCAAGCACAUUUCUAUUCCGUUGAAUUGUUCAUCAUUCCCUCUGUGCUGUGGUUGUUCUUCUGUUCUGUUCUGUUUUGGAGGAGGGAUGAGUUUGCUAAAUCAGGUCAUGUGAGCCAGAGCCUGUGUGCAUUUGGAAUGAACAAACUAAUCUGCACCCUGAUUGGGCAGACUUAAACCCAAUUAGCAACAUCUGUCCACUCAGUCCAGUGGAAAGCAUGCCUUCUUAUGCAAAUUUUUAUACAAGAUUUGUCAAACCUUUUUAAUAUGCAUUUGCUUUGGGUUUCUUUUUUAAAAGUUUUUAUGUGAAAAUCAAGUCACUUUUUUUUCGUCAACAUUCUGGCAUCCCGAUGCCAAAAGUGUGCAGUUAGGUGUUAAAACAGUGCAGUAACCAUCCAUGUCAGUAGAACUGAAGCAUUUCUUCCUAACACCAUGUUCUAUGGACUGAGCUGGGAAGGUCUUGGCUUCAUAGCUUAGAUUGACUUUGACCUUGGCUAAUGCACCAUGCUGAAUGUUGGGAUCCCAGCACAGUUGUGGGGACUGGGGUGGGGGGCUCUUAACAGUCUUGCGUCAAAAUUGUGUGUGCAUCAUCCUAUUCUAGAGAAAAGUUCUGAGUUUCUAUAGUCAAGCUCUAAAACCAAUAUAUCCAAAGAAUACUGCAAAUGUGCAUUUCUAUUUGGAAGCCUUUAUGUAUUCGAUGCAUAUCAUUUGGAUAUUAAUUUCUGCAUCAGCAUUGUGUGCAUUCACCAAGCUGGAAAAGGACCAUUUGUUGGCAGCUGAGGGCCAUACAGAUUGUCUGUAUUUGAGAUAGAGGAAGUUGAGUCUUUAUGCAUAAAAAUGUUCAUCUCCAGUUCCUUCCUUAGUGGAUUGUUCCGGAAGCAUCCUGUAAAGUAGUUCACACUGAGUAGUCUUUUGAGUUUUUAGUUCAAAUGAUCCAAGUCAUGAUUGUGGCCUUCUAGUAUUGUUGAUACAUGACAUAAUCCAUUUUAAUGCUCACCAUCCAUCCUGUUCUGAUCCUACAGUACACCUAAAGCUUCUUACCUCAUCCACAGCUAAUUCCAUUGGGGGUGUGUUGAGUGCAAAAAAAAGUCUUUUUUUAUCUUCCAUUUGGUGAGAUGCAUUGUAGCGAUAUGAAUAAAGAAAAAGUUCACCUGGUGUGCUGAAUAAUGUGUAAAUUGUUAAUUACACAAUCUGAAUAUUUGUAUAAUUGUUUGUAUUUUUUCAUAAUGAUUUUGGAAAGGAAUGUGUUUAUUUUUUUGACUUUUCUUCUGUUCCAGAUGUGUCUUCUGUUGGCCUGACAUUGUGACUGGUCUGGUGGGAUUCUUACCUCUGUAUUGAGCCUCUUCUGUGACGAAUUCUUUGUAUGCAGUGUUUAGGAAAUACUGUAGGGAACAUGGGGAGGAGUUGAUAUUAGGAGCAUUUGAUCAAUUUGUAUUUAUUUAUUUUAUCAUUUUGUUAAUAAAUUGUGAAAAGCA